CCCUCCACUCCGCGCUCGGAGCUACGCGCACCGCGGAGACGAGACGCGUUUGGCUGGGAAGCCGGGGCCGCCGUGUAUUGGCGAGCUGCGGAUGACACGUCUCUCCCCCUCGCCGCCCCCCGGCGCCUCGGCUGCGCAUUGGCAUCGCUGACGGCCGAGGCACAGUCACUGUGGGCGAGCGCUGCAUCCGAGAGCGAGAGGGACGAGGGGGUUUGUUUGUUUUUUUUUUAAAAAACAAACAAACAAAAUUGACAAAAAUAAAAACCGAGAGAGACCGUUAAAGAAAAGAAAAAAGAUCCCAGCGGGACCCGAUUGAUCGUUCCAAAGCUUUGCCUACGCCAGGCUUCUCCCCCCCAAACCACCCCCCCCCCCCCCAAAAAAAAAACAGUUUUCAAUCGAUCGAUCAGUUCGUUUGCUCGCCUGUGUGCUUGUGGCGUUGGGGUUCAUCUCGGAGGCCAGGACAGGGGAUGCGGGGACCGAGAGCCGGGGUCUGAAGGUGACAUGAACCCGGCGAUUCUCCGGAGCAGCCGGCGCACUUUGAACAGGAACUGGAGAUAACAGCCGAUCGAUCUCACUCACCGCCCGGGCUCUCCUGGAGUUUCUGCGCGACUUGCGUUUUUCCUUCUGCUUUUCUCCUCAAGAUCCCACCCAGGACAGCCGCCGAUUCCGUGUGACAAAACUUCCAAAGACCGUAAACGCAUAUUGACAACAACAACAACAAAAAAAAAACAAAACAGAGGUUUAGUCAAGUUGAGAAAAGGGAACGAUGGCAACCUUAAUCCGAAGUAAGAUCUCCAACAAGCUUUCCAACGCCGCCACCUCGGUGACCAACAAGUCGCAGGCGAAGGUGAGCGGCAUGUUCGCCCGGAUGGGGUUUCAGGCGGCCACGGACGAGGAGGCUCUGGGGUUCGUCGCCUGCGACGACCUGGACUACGAGCACCGGCAGGGGCUGCAGAUGGACAUCCUCAAGACGGACGAGGCCGGCGGGGAGGCGGGCGGGGAGCCGGCGGCGGAAGGGGACAGCCACUACCAGAGAGACGGCACGGGCCCGCCGCCCUCGGCCUCGAAAGACGGGGGGUUGUGCGCCGAGCUGGCGGCCCAGGACAAGCCGAAGAUCACGGCGUGGGAGGCGGGCUGGAACGUCACCAACGCCAUCCAGGGGAUGUUCGUCCUGGGGCUGCCCUACGCCAUCCUCCACGGCGGGUACCUCGGCCUCUUCCUCAUCAUCUUCGCCGCCGUGGUGUGCUGCUACACCGGCAAGAUCCUCAUCGCCUGCCUGUACGAGGAGAACGAGGACGGGGAGCUGGUGCGCGUCAGGGACUCCUACGUGGACAUCGCCAACGCCUGCUGCGCCCCACGCUUCCCCACGCUGGGCGGGCGGGUCGUGAACGUGGCGCAGAUCAUCGAGCUGGUGAUGACGUGCAUCCUGUACGUGGUGGUGAGCGGCAACCUGAUGUACAACAGCUUCCCGAACCUGCCGGUGUCCCAGAAGUCCUGGUCCAUCAUCGCCACGGCGGCGCUGCUGCCCUGCGCCUUCCUCAAGAACCUGAAGGCCGUGUCCAAGUUCAGCCUGCUGUGCACCCUGGCCCACUUCGUCAUCAACAUCCUGGUCAUCGCCUACUGCCUGUCCCGGGCGCGCGACUGGGCCUGGGACAAGGUCAAGUUCUACAUCGACGUCAAGAAGUUCCCCAUCUCCAUCGGCAUCAUCGUCUUCAGCUACACCUCGCAGAUCUUCCUGCCCUCCCUGGAGGGCAACAUGCACAAGCCCAGCGAGUUCCACUGCAUGAUGAACUGGACCCACAUCGCCGCCUGCAUCCUGAAGGGGCUCUUCGCCCUGGUGGCCUACCUCACCUGGGCAGACACCACCAAGGAGGUCAUCACAGACAACCUGCCCUCCACCAUCCGGGCGGUGGUCAACAUCUUCCUGGUGGCCAAGGCGCUGCUGUCCUACCCGCUGCCCUUCUUCGCGGCCGUGGAGGUGCUGGAGAAGUCCCUGUUCCAGGACGGGGCGCGGGCCGUGUUCCCCGACUGCUACGGGGGCGAUGGGCGGCUGAAGUCCUGGGGCCUCGGCCUGCGCUGCGCCCUGGUGGUCUUCACCCUGCUGAUGGCCAUCUACGUGCCCCACUUCGCCCUGCUCAUGGGCCUGACGGGCAGCCUGACCGGCGCCGGCCUGUGCUUCCUGCUGCCCAGCCUCUUCCACCUCAAGCUGCUCUGGCGGAAGCUGCUGUGGCACCACGUGUUCUUCGACGUCGCCAUAUUUGUAAUAGGGGGCAUAUGCAGCAUUUCCGGUUUCAUCCACUCCCUGGAGGGCCUCAUCGAGGCUUUCAGAUACAACAUCGAAGACUAAAAAAAAAAAACAACAACAACAACAACAACAAAAUAAAAUAAGACUGGACACGCACGCACACACACACACACCUCCGCACAAAUUCACUCACUGAUACCGACACUCACCCGCAACCAAACGUGUCGAGGAGUCUGGGCAGGCAAAAGGCAAACGAAAAAAAAAAACGACACAUAUCUCUCUCUCACUCUCAAGAGUGUAGGUUUACAGAGCAAAUCAACAACAACAACAACAACAACAACAAAAUAAAACACGCAGCAUUUCGCUCAUUCCGACUUGCAUACCGAAACGGAAAAAUGGGUGUCGCGUCGUCUUCGCCACACGAGUUCGGUUUUCCCCUUUCUUUCAUCCUUAGGUGUUUAAUCUCGAGAAGUCCCUCCUUUUCCCCGUAGGAACGCCGACGUCCCCCGACGGGCGAUUCUGCGCGGGUGUACCAAACAAUGUGGACUCACCGACGGGACGGGACACGAACAGAACCAGAGUUUCUGUGUCCGCGUCGAACAGAUUUUUUUUUUGGGGAGGGAAACGCAGGAAGGGCGGAAGUUAUGUUGCCUCGUGCCUGGCGUCUUCCGUCCCGGCGAUAACCUCGGGCCGAUACGCUCCGGGCGCACCGCAAGAUAUCCGAUAUGGGCGGGCAAAUAAAUACACUCGCGGUGCCACAGCAGUCGCGGCAUCCGCUGUAAACACGAGGAGAGGGGGAGAGAGAGACAAAAACUCAUUUAUUUUAAAGCUGCGCAUCGAGGCAAAUUAUUUAUGCAAAUAAGAUGAUCAACUGCACCACAGUGUAGUGAAAUGCGAGCUGCAAAGUAGACGACGAAGGUUUCAAAUCCUUUAAAAUGAAGCACCCUCUAUUCUCCGGCAUUAAUCUAAAACCUCACAGCGAAUCGCAGAAUCCAAAACGGUGGAAUUUAAUAUCUUGAAUACACAAUCGAUUUCCGGCACAACCUUAAAUAAUUCACAAUUGAGAACGCGUAUUCUUUAGCUAUAAAAACAAACAAACAAACAAACAAACAAAAAUAGCUUUAGCAUUCAGAUAAUAACAGGCGAUUUCUGAGGUUGCCUGAACGCCCGAAAAGAGUCAAUUUCGAUAGAAGUACAGAAACUGGAAACUCACAAAAUUCUCUCUACAAAGACGACGUCGCUUUACGGCCUAAUGAAUAGACCUAAUUAACCCCCCUCCCUUCCCGUCUCCGUCUUCUGUAAACUGAAUAAUAAUAUAGGAUGAGACUCAAGCACAAGCCCCGAUUCUGAAAUUCCUCUCUGAAAGUGACUGCAGUCCAGGUGCGCAGAGACGGACGAGUCUCCAUACACGGGAUUCGCGCUGAACAGCAUAAAUGAUCUCCUUACACCGCACGCUCAGUAGGGACAGACCGGAGGGAGACUGGGACAAUAUUUCCUUAUUUUCCCUGGAAAGUACUCUUUCCAGACCGUUUUUGUUUUGUUUGUUUUUCUUUAAAAAAAAUAUAAAUGCAUUUUAUUUUUCCCUCUACGAAUACGGUCUGGAAACCUAUCGGUUUCCGAAUUCAAAUGUUUUGGAUCGCAAAUGGUUAAAAGAGGCGGAGUUUUGUUUUUAAAAAAGAAGCAAGCAAGCAUAAAGACAUUUUUCAUUCUGUGCAAUUCAACGGGUCCUGUGGAAAUGUUAUUAAAAACGUAUGUGUGGUGUUAUUGUGGUCUCAAAAGAUGGAAUGUAUAUCACAAAAAUAAAAAAAAUCUAAACAUUUAUCGUGGAAAAAAAUAAUAUAUUGAAGAAUAAAUAACUGAAACAG